AUGUUGAUCUUUAUGUUUGGCGUCUUCAUCGGCGCCAUCGCUCUGGUCGGGACCUUGAUGUACAUCAUCAUCAUGGGCCCGUCCAGGUAUCACCGUGACGGAGUCGUCGGCAAGCUCCAUCGUCUCCUCACUAGCGUCCCACUGAAUGUGUGCGGGUUCUGCGUGAGUUGCCUAUUUGGUUGUAAUCAGCGCAAGGGUCGACUGUGCUGCAGUCGCUGCGUAAAGCACACGCUGCACGAGCGUAAUUGGUUUAUGGUCAUCUUUUACAUUGCCCUUGUAUGGACAGUGGAGGCGCUGUACCUGCUCGUCUCCCUGCCACGGCUCAAGGCAUCCAUCGUCUCGAAGACCGUGUCAUGGGGACUCGUGGCGCUCUCUGAGCUCCUGUGGGUCUGCGCCACUUUCACUGACCCGGGUACCGUGACUGCCGAGGCAGAGAUGGAGGCGCAGCGGCGGCAGUUUUCGACGAGACCCGCCACCGACUCCAAGAAGAGGCUUUUGCCGCGUAAACAGGCAAAGCGCGGCGUUGGUAUCCCUGGUCAGGGCACGACACCAGUCAACCCCAAAGCCCACCGCCCCUUCCUUUUCUCUCCCGCCGAGGAGUUCGUGCUGAACAACAGGUACGUAGUGGACGGCAUGGUGUAUGCCAUGGCCCCCGAUGAGGUGACCGCACAGCGCACCGCUGCACAAAAGGAGUACGUGAGCCCUGCGGUGGGGCAGCCCGUCCACCUCGGCCAGAACUGCAUCACCUGCCACGUUCCUCGGCCCAGCCGCAGCAAGCACUGCCGGUUGUGCCAUCGGUGCGUGCGCCGGUACGACCACCACUGCCCGUGGAUCAACAACGACGUGGCAGAACAGACGAUGCGCCAUUUCCUCGGCUUCCUGCUGUGCCACGCCAUCUCCUGCACCUGGGCCUGUCUCGACCUCUUCCGCUGUAUUCGCCAGUUUCUCAUGGCACACCACGCGUGGGGGUGGGUGCUACGCUACCCGAACGGUCACACCGUGUCGCUAAGCCUUUCCCAGUACGCGGUGAUCCUCAUCAACUUCCACAUGCUUGAGGCGUGUCUCUUCUUCUUCGCCGUCUUCAUCGGCCUCGUACUGUACGGCUUCUGGGGCUACCAGAUGACCUUUGCGAUGGCGAACCUGACAGUGAACGACCUCAACAAGAUCGAUGACACAGUGGAGUUUGUGGUGACGCUGCCGACGCUGGACUUGGUGUAUCGCGAGGCCCGGAAGGUGCGCGAGCGUCUCGAACAAGUAGCCGAACGUAAACCCAAGGCCCUUCUGGCACUUACGGAGCCUCCGCCGCCCAAGACAGAGCCCGGAUACGAGGAAGGCAGAGAGAAGAACCAGGCGUACCGCAAGCGUGUCAAGAAGAUGCUCGCGAGUGACCUGAAAGGGUUGUACGACCGCGGCGUUUGGCUGAACUUGAUGGAGAUCCUCUUCCCCUCCGCGCCGCUGCGCGACUCAGCCGUCCUUGGCAAGGCCAUGGUCUAUGUACAGUAG